GCGGCCUCGGCUCGCCUCGGCUCGGCUCGGGCGGCCCUGUUCCCGCGGCGCGCUUCGGGCUCCGUCCCGGCCUUCGGGCGGCCCCGGCCGGCGCCUUCGGGCGGGCUCGGCGGAGUCCGGAUGGAGGACUCGGACUCGGCCGCCAAGCAGCUGGGCCUGGCCGAGGCGGCGGCGGUGGCGGCCGCGGCCGCUGUGGCGGCGGCGGCCGCGGCCGCGGCGGGAGGCGAGGCGGAGGAGCCGGUGCUCAGCAGGGACGAGGACUCGGAGGAGGACGGGGACUCGGAGGCAGAGCGCGAGACACGGCGGGUGACGGCCGUGGCGGUGAUGGCCGCCGAGCCCGGGCACAUGGACAUAGGCGCCGAGGCCCUACCGGGCCCCGACGAGGCCGCCGCGGCCGCAGCCUUCGCAGAGGUGACCACGGUGACUGUGGCCAAUGUGGGCGCCUCCGCAGACAACGUCUUCACCACGUCCGUGGCGAAUGCCGCCUCCCUCUCGGGACACGUUCUGUCUGGCAGGACGGCGCUGCAGAUUGGGGACAGCCUGAACACCGAGAAGGCCACGCUGAUUGUCGUGCACACGGACGGGAGCAUCGUGGAGACGGCCGGGCUGAAGGGGCCAGCUGCUCCGCUUACUCCAGGCCCUCAGUGCCCUCCAAGUCCUGCUGCUCCUGGCCAAGAAAGAGGUGGGACCAAAUACAACUGGGACCCCUCAGUGUACGACAGCGAGCUGCCCGUGCGCUGCCGGAACAUCAGCGGCACGCUGUUCAAGAGCCGGCUGGGCUCAGGAGGCCGGGGCCGAUGCAUUAAGCAGGGGGAGAACUGGUACAGUCCAACUGAGUUUGAAGCCAUGGCAGGAAGAGCCAGCAGUAAAGACUGGAAGAGAAGCAUUCGCUACGCGGGCAGGCCGUUGCAGUGCCUCAUUCAGGACGGGAUCCUAAACCCUCACGCUGCAUCUUGCACCUGUGCCGCAUGCUGUGACGACAUGACCUUGAGUGGUCCCGUCAGGCUCUUUGUCCCCUACAAAAGGCGCAAGAAGGAGAACGAGCUGCCCACAACCCCCGUGAAGAAGGAGGCCCCCAAGAACAUCACGCUGCUUCCCGCCACAGCUGCCACCGCAUUCACCGUGACCCCCUCAGGACAGAUCACUACCUCGGGCGCGCUGACCUUUGACCGGGCAUCCACCGUGGAGGCUACCGCUGUCAUUUCAGAGAGCCCGGCCCAGGGCGAUGUCUUCGCGGGAGCCACGGUACAAGAGGCGGGUGUGCAGCCCCCGUGCAGAGUCGGCCACCCGGAGCCCCACUACCCAGGCUACCAGGACAGCUGUCAGAUCGCACCGUUUCCAGAGGCCGCGUUGCCAACAUCUCAUCCUAAAAUAGUGUUGACCUCUCUGCCGGCCUUGGCAGUUCCACCCUCCACCCCCACCAAAGCUGUGUCGCCCACGGUGGUCAACGGGCUGGAAAUGUCAGAACAGCGGAGCUGGCUGUACCUGGAAGAGAUGGUCAACUCCUUGCUCAGUACGGCACAGCAGCUGAAGACGCUGUUCGAGCAAGCCAAGCAGGCCAGCUCCUACCGAGAAGCCGCCGUGGCCCAGGCCAGAGCCCAGGCGGAGACAGAGCGGAAAGAGCAGUCCUGUGUCAACUGCGGCCGGGAGGCCCUGAGCGAGUGCACCGGCUGCCACAAAGUGAACUACUGCUCGACCUUCUGCCAGCGCAAGGACUGGAAGGACCACCAGCACCUGUGCGGUCAGUCGGCAGCUGUCACCGUCCAGGCGGACGAAGUCCACGUCACUGACAGUGUGAUGGAGAAAGUCACCGUGUGAGGGUCCCUGGGUCCUCCCUCCAUGGUGCCGUGGGGCUGCCGCGGGUCAGGGACUUUGGGGGACGUUGAGGAGAGGGUGAAAACACUUGCUGGUCAAGUUGUUAAUAGACUUUAAGUGACUUGCACCCUUGGAAAUGAGCUCCUGCCACCCAGAAGCCCUGAGGGAGGUCGAGGCAGCGGCUGGUGGACCCGGGCCCCGGGCCCUUGGCGCCUUCUCACGGUGCUCUUUUUUAUCCCCUGGCUCGUAAGCAUCCGGUCUUACCCACGGGUGUGACGUGUGCAGUAACACACGUGUACAUAACAUGUGUCUGUCAAUAAAGUUGACUUCCCUGCCCCACCGGGACGGGUGACUCCAGCUCCAGCUUCCCAGAUGCC